AUCACCAUGCCGCCCUCUUCGAUGAUUCGUACACUGCGUGACUUGGAUCGGAAUGCUUCUUCUCACAAUAAGGACACAGAAGCAGUGUCCUCCAAAAACUACAAGAGCCACAAGCGCAAUGUCAAGAUUGCUGCUGUUAAAGGGUUGCGCGAAGAGAAUCACGCCAAAGCCUUGUUGGAGCGGAUUCACCAGGAAUUUCUGCCGCUGCUGCAAAAGCGUGGCUACAAUGUCCAGAGUGUUUCGGAAAUGUGUUGCUGUGGGGAUGGAUUGCCGAAAUCCAAGAUUAUGGAAUCCAAUGUCCUGGGCUACAAUCGAACCACCAUUCGAGGACGGCACAAUAAAUCGCACACUAUUCAUUUGCGAUUGCGGCAGCCCCACAAUCAUGAUGUCUUUUUCGACUAUGAAUCCAUUUCAGGGACCAUGAGUCAUGAACUGGCGCAUUGUGAAAUUGCGCCACACAAUGCUCGCUUUUACAAGCUAAUGGAAGAAAUUCAAGAUCAACACGCAGUCUUUUUGACAAAGGGGAUUGUGGCGGAUGCACAAGGGUUUCCUGUGGGCAACGAUCAAGCGUACACGCUGGGAAAGAGUCGAACUACUACUAAUGCUGGAGUAAGAAACAACAGCAAUCCCCCCAAAACUGCUGCCAAUUCACGAAAUGCCGCGGCCAAGGCAGCUUUAGCACGACAACAACGACAACAAGUGACGGGAGGACAGCGUCUGGGUGGGACCACGGGUGAAUUUACCAAAUGGCUACGACCAGGAGAAGCAGCAGGAAUGGCAGCCGAACAGCGACGUCUGCAGGAUGAAGUUUGGUGUCAGCCAUGUGAGCCAGAAAUUAUUGAAUUGUCGGAUGAUGAAGAGGAAGACUAUGAGAUGGACGUUGACAACCAGAGCAAGGAUUCCAAAGAAAACCAUCAAGAUACCAAACUGCCAGCCGUCAAUUCUUUAUCAAUUCCAAGCAACGGGGGUGACAACAGGGGAAAAAGUGCGGAAAGCAAAACUGACGCAACAAUCCGCAAAAUGCCAAUCGAUCGAAGCACCGUGCCCUCUGAUGCUGCUGCUCGAAUGCCAAGCUCGUCUGAUUUGGUGGAUUUGACGGCCGAUGAUGACGAUGAUGACAUUGUCGAAGUGUGUCGUCCACCCAAGCAGCAACGCCGAGCAAACCCAGACGAAGCACAAUGGUCCUGCCCCACGUGCACCUUUCUCAAUGGCCAGCUUGCCUUGGUUUGCGGUAUGUGUGGAACCGUUGCUGCUGACAAUGCGCAGUCGUCGGUGGCGGUGGCGCAAGAGCUGCACAAUCGCGACGUGGAAACAGCGUCAGAGCGGUUGGUCCAAGAGCUAUCGCGGGGGGACCAGGUGGAACACGUCAAGGACCAAGAAGUGGCUCAAUCGAUGCGAGAUUUCGGAUUCAAUAUCUAUGGCAAUGACAAGCAAAAAUCCUCCAAAAUGAAACACAUGACCUGAGCGUGGUCUAUAGAAAGAUAGUAUAAACGGGUGGGCUUAUAGAGAACCAGCUCUACC